AUGACAACAUGUGAUAGACUGCAGAAAUUUGGUAUCCAAUGUGACCAAGCUUGUUGUUUGUGUUCACAAGGGAAUGAAUCACUCAAUCACCUGUUUUUCUUGUGUCCGUAUUCUGUCAAUGUGUGGGAUAAGCUUGCUACGUGGUGUGGUGUUCGAAGGAAAGCUGGAGCUUGGGAUGAUGAAGUGGAGUAUUUAGAAAGACAAGGAGCCUCGAAGACGGGGAAGCAGCUUAUGUAUAGACUGUUGGUGGCAACAGCUGUCUAUCAUAUAUGGAGAGAAAUGAAUAAACGAAGAUUUAACGACAAGGCUUCCCAUGAAGAUAGUGUAAUUAGACAAUGUCAGUUGAUGAUGCUGGUGAAAGGAGAGUUGAACCCUAAAGUUCACAAAAUGUUUGUGAACUAA